UGCAGCAUCCUCUCUCCUGGAUGAGGUGUUCCUCCCUCUUCUUGUCUUGCUCCAGAGCAGCCAUGGGACAGUUAAUCGAGGCCACCACAGAACCCCCGAAAAAGAAGCCGGACCCUGUGACUUCAGAGACGGUGGUGAUCUGGGGGCUGCGUCUCUGGCAGGUGAUUGGAAUCUUUGCCAUCUUUGUCCUGGCAGUCAUUAUCACCUUGUGCUGUAUCUUCAAGUGCCGGAUUCCCCGGACCAAGAAAGAGAUAGAGGCGCGAUAUGCUCAGCGGCAAGCAGCCAAGACGUAUGCAGACAAACUGGAGACCGUGCCACCACUCAACGAGCUGACAGAGAUCCCUGGAGCUCAGGUGGCAGAAGAGAAAAAAGAAGAAGUUCCCACUGUAUCUGGAAAAGUGGACAAGGCGCAAGGCAAGAAAAAUGGAUCCAAAGACUCCAAGAAGAAGGAAAAUGAAAAGGACCAGAAAAAAGGAUCCAAGAAAGAAGGGAAGGAUGGGGCCAAGAAGAAAGAAGGAGAAAAGGGUGCUGGUGACAAGAAACAAGGUGGUGGAAAGAAAGGUGAAAAAGAAGCUGAAGCAGCAAAGUCAGGAGGAAGCACCAAAACUAAUGGCAAAGCUGGUGGGAAUGCCAAAACCCCAGCAAAGAAGAAGUGACUGCUAAAACACCGUGACUGAGAGUCUUCACCCAACUUGGCAUAGGAGAGGGCACUGUCAGAUUGCUGUGGGUAAAGCACAGGGAGCAGAUAGGACAUGCUCCCUCCGUAUAUUCAGGCUGUUGAGUGCCACUGGAUGUACAGAUUUAUUAUCUUUUAAAGACCAUAUCACUGUUUUUCCCACCAAAGGAAAAUCUGGCUUUUCAGUAGCUUAUAAAUAAAAUUUACUGUGCAGAUAGCAACAAAACUGAAAGCUGGGGUGAGAACCAGGACUUUGAUAAGGAUCAUAAUGCACAGCGAUAAAGACCUAAACUAAUGGGAGGACACGGUUCAUUUAAAAUAUGUUCUUCUGGAGGACCUCAAGGCUUUUGAUAAACAUUCGUUAGCACUCCUCUCCUCCUAAAUAGGACUUGCACAUGGAAAAUUUUAGGCAUCAAGUACUUUCUGGAUGGUAAAGGCCAAAGAAUGAAGAACCCAAAGAAUUGGGUCAUGUGGUUUCUGAGAGAUGGCUCGGACACAUGGGAGAAAGCUUUCCUUUUUUCCCUCCUACCUCUUUUACUGAACUGCUGAAGGAAAAUUCUUCCUUAGACCAAGAACUGUGUAUUUCUCAGAAGGCUUAUCUCUUUUCUAAUUUUCUAGUGAAAGACAUACGAAUCAGGCUGUAGGAGGAGGCACACAGAAUAAAAAAGCAGAUCUCAUCCGUGCAGCUGCAGGCAGUAGCUGUCCUCACUUCAUCAUCACUUCAGUGAAGUCCACAGAUGACAAAAGCCCAUGGGGAGGGAGGGGGUGUGAAGAUGCUCAGCACGUUCCAGCAGAAACUCGGCAUCCAAGGGGAGCCGAACUGAGUGCUUGCCUGCCUUCUCACUCGCUCUUCCUGAGCAGUCUUGAAACCGGGGCUUCUGCAUCAUUUCAGUGUGGCUCCUAUUUCUCUCACCUCCUGGAGAAUUCUUAGGAGUAGUUUUAACAUGAGCGGCUUUUCUGCUAAUGUGCUUUGUAAAUAUCUCAGCAGUUUGUGCCUGGAGAUCAACAGACAUCGGAUAUUUAGGCUGGCAAUUGCAAAACAUACAAGCUAAGUGGAAAUAAUUGGCAAGCUAUCAUAAUGACUAAAGCUCUGUCAUCUCCAUUGGAUUCACAGUCUCUGAGCACAUGCGCUGGUGCAGCUUUAUCUACAGCAUGAGGCCAAGAGGGAGUUAUCUCAAGUACAGGCUACGAGGCUCACCCUAUUAAUCAGAGUUAUGUUAAUCCAACUCUUUCCUACCCCUGUGAUUUCAGCACAUGCAGUGAGUUCUAUCUAUCACAUGCAGUGAGAUCUAUCACUGCAAAGACAGGUCUCAUUCAGCUCACCUUUCCUUUUUCCUUUCCCCUCUCUUACGCAUCCCAUCCUGGCAGAAAAUGAACCCAGCAAGACAAAAAGUUUUCUACUGUGUUAAUGAGGUCACUCAGUUCAUGGAGGGUUCCAAAAGCACCAGACCUGGUGCUGCUGGUGCUACACCAGUGAUGGUGUAGGACUUAGGUAGCAAGGAUGGGAGAGGUGUUCACAACCCACAGAAAUAUUUACCAAGAGAGUGAAUGGUGACAGUUCACUGCCUCCAAAGCCAGAGGAGUUGCAAGAAGUCAGGGAUGCUGCUAGGUCAGAAAUUCUGCCCCUAUAUGCAGACAAGUGAUUUGAGCCUUAGAUCUCCAUCGACUACAAUGAUACCCAAGUCGCACUUACAUUUAAAUGCCUGAAUCUCAGUCCCACAACUAAUUUUUCAGUGGAUGAAAGCAGGUUAGAUGAGUGGGGAUUACAGCUUCUAGGCAGGAGUGGACGAUCUGUUUUCAGUCCCCUCCUCAGCCUAGGAGGUCUCAGAUGCACAGGUUUAUGCCUCAGGACGAUGCACCAGCUACAAGGGUUUAGGUAAGGCUCAGAAAGGAACUUUUCUCCAUCGUUUCAGCUGGGGCUGUGAAGAAAGGGAAUGCAAUGACUCUUCCAUGCAAAACCUGGUCUCUGGAUCUGGGGCGAGCGUCCAGGUUCCUGUCUCCUCUACCACUCACCAGCACAAUGCUUCCCGCUUCCGGAGUUGGUCCAGGUAGACUCACUGCCAAAUUCUAAGUGUCAAACUCCAUCUGCGGCAACGUGCCUUGGGGGAGUUAGCAGCAGCAUGCACCACAUCUGAGACCAGUGGAUCUGAGUGGGAAAAAAGCCACUGCUUCAGGUGAAAGAUAAGCUCAGCAAGAGCCGCGUGAGUUCCUCUUCUCCAUCAUGAAGAAGGUGUGGGUUACCAUCUUCCUGGGAAUGGUAUUGCCCAAAUACUCAGAGGCAGAGUUCAUCUAGGGCAAAUGCCAAAGGAAGCCUCCAACUUGUGUCUCACCAAGUGCUGUGAGAAAGGGAGAGGCAAAAGCAUCUCAGGUAGGCACUUAUUCUGCUCCUUAUAUUCCUCGAACUGGGAGGAGACGGAGCAACAGAAGCAGCAUGCUCCCAUCUCAUCUUCUUUGCAACACACAGGCCCUGGAAAACAAAGAAAUUUUAGCGUCACAAGAACAAGAGUGAUUAAGGACCUUAACUGGAGUCACACCAUAAAUCAGUAUCAGAACCAGGACUUCGACCCAAAUGUCUCAGACUCCAGACGUUAAGAGCAUCCCGCUCUGAGCAGAGCUCCCUGACUUUGUCUCCAUCACCCUGUACCUUAUCUGACACCUGCACUAAGGUCCUUGCUAUCCCGCCACCCAAGUCUGUACACUUUAUGUUCUUGCUCUCAAAUGUUGCUUUCACUUCAUUUGAUAAAAAGGGAACUCUGUAAAGGAGGAGCAUCCGCAGAAUAGUGAUGUAAAAGCUUUGGAGUAAGCCUGAUGAGGUGUCAGUGCACAUGAACACACCUUCGCUUUAGGGAGCCGCAGAGGCUCCUAGCACCAGAGUUGAUCAAAGCACACUGAUUCCAAUAUAAAAGAAUGCACCUUGUCAGUCAUUAUAUUUCAGUCACAUGCUUUCUUCUGUUCGCUCCCUGUGUAACUGAUUUCUUUUAUAGGAUGUCAAAAGCAAAAGAAAUGAAAAAGAGAAUUGUGUUUAGAGCAGGCAAUACUUGCAUGGAUGCUGCUCCCCUGGAAGCGCACAAGCUUGCAUGAGCUCGCUGUCUGGCACACCAAGUAUUGCAAAGGUUUGAGUGGGUUCUUAUGUCUUCUAAAGUCCACUUCACAGGUGAAACCUCUGUAGGGUAGGAUCCAGCUGUGAUGUGGCCAGGCAGGAGUGCUUCCAGGUCCUGUGACUGGAAAGAUGUUGCACGGUGUGGUACUGUUAUCCUCCUGUCAAUGUUACUUAUGAUCUGCAGACUGUGGACGCUGACUCUUAUUCUCUCAAUCUGUACCUAUUUGGUAAGGUGGAAGAGGACCUGAUAUGCACAUGAUCGGAAAUCUCCAGUGAUGAAAAUCUAUCUCUUCGUUUCUUCAUUAAGCUCAUUAUCACACAGUAAGAGCUCUUUUCUUAGCCCUCUUCCCUGCAAGAUCCUCUGCCAAAAAAAUAAAAAGGGAAAAGAAAAUAAAAUGCUGCAUCUGGG